UGUAUGUAGUAAAAAUGGAGCUUGAGAGGGGAAAUGGGAUUUGGCCAUUUGGGCACCACCGCAAAAAACAUAGGCCUUUCUAGUUCUUCCCAAACACAAAACACCCGAAGAAACCAAAACACAAAACCCGAGUUCUUCACUUCGUUAAGAUGAGAGGUUUAGCUAGAUUGGUCGGACGCAGUGUUUCAUCUCACAAAACACUCCAACGUUCUACACAAUCCAACACCUUCCGCUUCAUCUGUCGCCGCUCCUAUUUCCUAUCUCCCGCCACGACGUCGUUUUUGGGUCGCCGCAUCUCCCCCUAUUGCUCUCCUUCCGCUUCUGCCAAAUGGGGCCUUCUCUCAGGGCAACAGAAGAGAAGCAUGUUCAUACAAACACAGUCGACGCCGAAUCCUGCAUCACUUAUGUUUUACCCUGAUAGGCCUGUUAUGGAAGUUGGCAGUGCUGACUUUCCGAAUGCUCGGUCUGCAAUGAACUCCCCACUGGCCAAAGCCCUUUAUGGAAUUGAUGGUGUCACUCGAGUGUUUUAUGGAUCAGAUUUUGUCACUGUAACUAAGUCAGAAGAUACUUCAUGGGAUCUUUUGAAGCCAGAAAUCUUUGCAGCAAUCAUGGACUUUUAUGCUUCUGGGGAGCCACUCUUUCUCGACUCAAAAGCUGCAGCAGCAAAGGACACAGCUAUUCAUGAGGAUGAUUCCGAAGUCGUUGCCAUGAUUAAAGAAUUAUUGGAGACUCGUAUCAGACCAUCAGUGCAAGAUGACGGUGGAGACAUUGAGUAUAGGGGAUUUGAUCCAGAAACCGGAAUAGUAAAACUGAGCAUGCAAGGAGCGUGUAGUGGUUGCCCAAGCUCAUCAGUCACCCUGAAAUCUGGCAUUGAAAAUAUGCUCAUGCAUUAUAUACCUGAGGUCAAAGGUGUUGAGCAAGAACAUGAUGAUGAAGAAGAAGAUGCAGCAUUAACAGGGCAUGUGGAGUAGCGAUUUAUAAUUUUGUUCAAAGGAGGCAUAACUUAAGCUAAAGUGGUGAGCUCAAAAGGGAUUCUGUAGCAUCCUGUACAGUAGCAAAUAAAGUUUGUAUUUUAUUUAUUUGUAACUCAUGAGAAUUAUUGAUGUGAUAGUAAAAAUCUAGAGCUUUGAACUGUAAAACGGGAAUGACAACUGCUUUACUUUAUCAACCAAAAUUUUCCU